AUGUGCAUCGCACUAAUCUCCACAGCUCAUCCCUCCUACUCCCUCAUUGUGAUCGACAACCGAGAUGAAUACCUCAACCGCCCAACCUCACCCCCAACCUGGUGGCCCCCACCAAACAACAACGUCCUCUCCUCGCGAGACCUCGCGCGCGCGCCACACGGAACCUGGAUGGGCGUUACAAAAACCGGCAAACUCGCCGUCCUAACAAACUACCGCGAAACAAGCACAGCAAAAGCCUCCGCCGCGGCGCAAAGCCGGGGUGUCAUCGUGAAUAGCUGGCUCACCGCACCGCCAGACGAUAAGCGCAAUACGAAGGAUUUCGUACAAGACACUAUUACGGGGAUAGCAGCGAAGAACGUGGGCGGGUUUAGUAUGGUCUGCGGGUAUGUGAAUGAGCCGUUGGCGAUAGUGUCGAAUCGGUCUGCGAAUCUGGAGGAGGUCGCUUGGAUUGCUGGAGAGAAGGGGCAGACGUUGGGGUUGAGUAAUACGAGUUUUGGGGAUCGGUCGUGGCCGAAGAUACUUGAUGGGGAGGAGUUGAUGAAGGAGGCUAUUGAGGCGCAUGUGGAGGCUGGGGAUGGGGAAGAUGAGGAUAAGCUUAUUGAGAGGUUUCUGAGUGUUUUGAGCACGGAUACGCUUCCGAGGUUGCCGGAGGGGUCGUCGACAGAGACGUAUAUCCCUAAUCUGAGGAAGAGUAUUUUUAUCCCCGCGAUUGGGGCGGAAAGCAAGAAUGAGAGAGCGGCUGAUGAGGUCGCUGCUGCUUGUGUGGAAGAUAAGGUACGGGUUGAUGCUGCGAGUAAGGAUGCGGCGAACCCGGCUUAUAUGCAGGGGGCUUAUGGGACGCAGAAGCAGACGGUGAUUCUUGUGAGGGAGGACGGGAGAGUGAGGUAUUUUGAGCGUACGCUUUAUGAUGAUGAUGUGAAUGCUAUUCCGGUUGGGGAGGGGGAUCAGUCGUUUGAGUUUAUGGUUGAGAGAGAGCUCUAA